AUGACUCUCUUCCGUCCUCUCCUCCUCAUCAUCAUUGCAACAUCCUCAUUGCUGAUCGCCACUCUACAAGGCUGUGGGUCUCACGAUGACUCUUGCGAGAUCCUCCUUUCCAACGACCGAGGCAUCCGCUUCAAACGGAGCGAUGGUGCGGCACCAUCUGAGGGCACCAUUGGUGCCCUCAGAUUCUUCGAGUAUCGUUGCAGUGCCAGCAGUGAGUGGAAACGAUUCACAGGCCAUGACGUCCCCGAUUACGGGCAGAAAUGCUCUGCUUUAGAGGAGAAGAAAACGAUUCUCGACAUCACAGUCACCGGUCUGGCAAUAUUGGACCUCAAGGUGCAGAGGGACCAACUGGACAUGCACAGGAGAAAGCUGAGGGUGCAGGUGGGUAUGGAUGAGCAAGCGGCUCGGCGAUGCAUACGAGAGAAGAACAAGCAAGUGGCUUUGCUGGCUUUGAGGAAGAAAAAGCAUCAUGAGCUACUCCUAGAUGAAACUGAGGGGUAUCUUGUCAAGGUGGCGGGGCUGAUAGGCUCAGUUGAGAUGGCUCGGGUCCAGGCUGAUGUUGUAUCCGCUUUGGCAUCGGGCACGAAGGCUCUUAAAGAUAUUCAGAAGGAGAUAGGAGGUGUCGAGUAUGUGGACCAGUUGCUUCAAGACAAUGCUGAGGCCCAAGCGGAAAUGGCCGAGAUCAGCUCGGCUCUCACGAAUGUUGGCGUACCGGAGGAUGAUGCAGAGUGCUUGGCGGAGUUGGAACGCAUUAAUCACGAGCUGGCUGUGGAUGUCUCUAGCGGCCUACCUACAGCUCCCAAGACUCCUCUGCCGGAGGUCCCACCCGAACUACCACAAGUUACUGCACAAGAGGCUAAAGUGCCCUCCCCCCUUGCUCAGCCAGCGACUUGA